AUGGCCUGCUCCUUCCCAGGGCUGCCUGACCAGCCCCCGUGUCCCCGGUACCGGGGCCGUGAUCCAGGGCCAUGUCCCGGGUACCAGGGCCGUGUCCCAGGGCCGUGUCCCCGGUACCAGCGCCGUGUCCAGGAUGGAAAUAAAAACACUUUUAUGAAUGAAGGUUUAUCCAACAUUUCCACUCUCCUUGUGGAUGAAGAAACUGAUACCUUAUUUGUUGGAGGCAGAGAUGCAGUAUUUGCUCUUGACUUGAAUAAUAUUUCUAGAGAAAUAUCCAGGAUAAGAUGCCAGAACUACAUCCUCUUCCUCCACAAGAUAAAUGACUCCAACCUCUAUGUUUGUGGAACCAAUGCCUAUCACCCAACUUGUGAUCACAUGGUUAUCCAUGGAACAAACAUGAGCCUGCAAGGAAGAGAUGAAGAGGGCAGAGGGAAGUGCCCGUUUGAACCAACUCUAAAUUAUGCCUCUGUUUUUGUAGAUGGGGAAUUUUAUUCAGCCACUUCAAAUAACUUCUUGGGAACAGAACCCAUAAUACUCCGCAGUAUGAGAAAUCCAGUGAGAACAGAGUUCACAGCAUCGUGGCUAAAUGAGCCAAGCUUUGUCAACAUGGAAAUAGUGCAUGAGAGUGAAUCCAGCCCAAAUGGAGAUGAUGAUAAAAUUUAUGUGUUCUUCACUGAAACAGCUGUUGAAUUUGAAUUCUAUGACAAGGUUCUGGUGUCCAGAAUUGCCCGGGUCUGCAGGGGUGACCUCGGUGGAAAACGCGUAUUGCAGAGGAGAUGGACGUCGUUUUUAAAAUCCCACCUUGCCUGUUCCCUUCCAGAAUUAAACUUCCAUUUCAAUAUUAUCCAGGACAUCUUUUUCCUUAGGAGAAGGAGAUGGCAGGACAGCAUAUUUUAUGGAAUUUUUUCCCAGCAAUGGGGAAGAUUAGACAUCUCAGCUGUGUGUGCAUACAGUAUGAAAAAUAUCCAGGAAGUCUUCUCCAAAGGAAGCUACAAAGGACCAGUAACUGCAGAACAUUCCCCUGUUCAGUGGAUGGUGUAUAGAGGGGAAGUGCCAGUUCCACGUCCUGGUGCUUGCAUUGAUGACCUUGCCCGGACUGCUGGGUAUAACACCUCUGCUGACCUGCCUGACAAAGUCCUGCAGUUUGUUAGAGAUCACCCUCUGAUGGAUGAUCCAGUCAGUCCCAUUGGCAAUGGUCCGGUGCUCCUGAAGAGAGGUUCCAACUAUACCAGGAUUGUGGUAGACAGAGUCACUGGCCUAGAUAAAGAAACCUAUGAUGUUAUGUUUCUAGGAACAGAUGAUGGAUAUUUGCAUAAAGCUUUGAGUUGUGAUGGGGAAAUGUUCAUUGUGGAAGAGCUGCAGCUGUUUCUGUCUCCUGAGCCUGUACAAUCUCUUCAGCUGUCUCCUAAAAAGGGAAUGCUCUAUGUGGGGUCCCAGUCUCAGGUGGUGCAGCUUCCCGUUGCCGAGUGCCACCGGUACAAGGGCUGCUUGGAUUGCAUCUUGGCUCGGGAUCCCUACUGUGCCUGGGCUGGGGCUGCUCAGGGAUGUGUCCCCCUGGCACACCCACCUGCUCAGACCCUGUAA